GCUCCUGGUCACACUGCUUUUUGAGUCAGCUGCUUGUAGUUUUGCGAUUUCAUUGCAAUUAUAAUUUGCUAAACUAUUUAAACAGAAAUACAGUGCAGAAUAUGCCGAACGAGAACGCGGACGACCGCUCUGGUCAGGAGCUAAAGCAGAAGGCUAAGGAGGUGGCAGAAGCUUCGGAGGAAAUGCUUGAAAAGGUUGUUGCCGGCUUAAAGAUCCAGGACACGGGAUCCGCGGAUAUAGGCACAAAUGAGGACUCUGAGCGAGCUGAUGUUGCCAAGAAUAAGGCUUCAGUGUCGUCGGAUGCAAGCACGCAGGCUCUGAUACAGGCCGUAUCUGAUGCCGUGGCCAGCAGCCGCCAGAUGGCGAAAAAAUUCGCCUUCUGGUCCACACAGCCAGUUACCAAGCUUGAUGAACAGGUGACCACCAAUGAGUGCAUCGAACCUAACAAGGAGGUUAGUGAGAUCCGAGCGGAGCCCUACACUCUGCCUGGCGGGUUCAAGUGGGUGACACUAGACCUGACCGACGCCAAUGAUCUCAAGGAGCUAUACACACUGCUUAACGAGAACUACGUGGAAGACGAUGAUGCCAUGUUCCGGUUUGAUUACCAGCCAGAGUUCCUUAAGUGGUCGCUGCAACCGCCUGGAUGGAAACGCGACUGGCAUGUGGGCGUACGUGUGGAGAAGUCCGGAAAACUAGUAGGCUUCAUCUCGGCCAUUCCCAGCAAGCUGAAAUCGUACGACAAAGUUCUCAAGGUAGUGGAUAUUAACUUCCUAUGCGUUCACAAGAAGUUGCGCAGCAAGCGCGUUGCCCCUGUCCUGAUCCGUGAGAUCACGCGUCGAGUCAAUCUGACGGGGAUAUUCCAAGCAGCUUACACGGCUGGUGUGGUCCUGCCAACUCCUGUGGCGACUUGUCGCUAUUGGCAUCGCUCCCUUAAUCCCAAAAAGUUGGUGGAUGUACGCUUCUCGCAUCUCGCCCGAAACAUGACUAUGCAGCGCACCAUGAAGCUGUACAAACUACCCGAUCAACCUAAGACGAAAGGAUAUCGGCGGAUUACAGCAAAGGACAUGGAUAAGGCGCAUAAACUGCUGGAUGACUACCUGAAACGCUUUCAACUGAGCCCGGUGUUCAGCAAGGAGGAGUUUCGUCAUUGGUUUACGCCCAGGGAGGGUAUUAUCGACUGUUUCGUGGUGGCCGACGAGAAGGGAAACAUCACUGAUCUGACUAGCUACUACUGCCUGCCAUCGUCGGUGAUGCACCAUCCGGUUCAUAAGACGGUUCGUGCAGCGUAUUCCUUUUACAAUGUGUCCACAAAGACACCUUGGCUGGACUUAAUGAACGAUGCACUGAUCUCGGCCCGCAAUCUUCAGAUGGACGUGUACAAUGCUCUGGACCUUAUGGAGAAUAAGAAGUACUUUGCGCCACUAAAGUUCGGCGUCGGGGAUGGCAACCUGCAGUACUACCUCUACAACUGGCGCUGUCCAUCGAUGCAGCCGGAGGAGAUUGCCCUGAUACUCAUGUAGGACCCCUCAAAACCUAUGUUUACAUUGUCGCCCUGCCUUUCGCCGCACUCCCUCUUCUGCUUUAUUCAUCCCGCUGGAUGUCCCGUGCGAUUGCUUUGCUUGGCUUCUAUCCACGUAGCUAUUACCUGUAAUCUUCAGUUAUUCCAGCGAGGGAAACCCUUUGCGAGUCAUUUAUACCUACCUAGAAUCAUUGUGAAAACUGCAUUUUGCAACGGCCAAGCUUGGAUAUUUUUUACUAUAAAAACGAACACAAAUUGAAUAAAAUGCGCAGCAAUAUCUAUAAAA